AUGCACAAGGAAUUGAUUCACAUAGGCGACGAGGCCGACCGAGGGUGCGCCCCAGUGGUUUCGAGCGUCAAACUAGACGUGGAGGAGAAUCAUCUUCAGGAAGGGCUGCUCGCUUAUAGGCAGAUGUCUUACAUCAUCGACAGAGACGACGUAGUGAAAGAAGUGAGGAGAUGGCUGAACGACAACGAGAUGACGCAGAGCGCCAAAGUCGAAGACGAGCUGAGGAAAGCGAGGGAGCGGGCUGAACGGCAACGAGAUGAUGCACAACGGCAGCGAGAGAGACGUGUAGAUGAGAGCUCUGAGGACAGACGCGCCCGUCAUACAAGCGACGCUGAUCGUCACCGGAGGCUGCGCAAUCCUCCUUCUUUAACGCUUGGGAUAGCUCUGAGAAGUCGUUUCGUGGAACCGAAUAUCUCCGUUGCUUAG